CGGCCGGGGCUGAGCUUCCCACAAUGCCCCGCGGCCCCAUCCCCCGCACGGGGUCGGUGCCCGGUGAGGCCGUGGGGGGCCGGCAGCGCCCCUCCCCCGCCAUGGCCCGCCCCGCCCCCGCCCUGCGCAGCCUCCUCGUCACCGCCGUCCUCGUCACCUCGGCCACCCAAGGGCUGAGCCGGGCCGGGCUGCCCUUCGGGCUGGUGCGGCGGGAGCUGGCGUGCGAGGGGUACCCCAUCGAGCUGCGGUGCCCGGGCAGCGACGUGGUGAUGGUGGAGAACGCCAACUACGGGCGCACCGACGACAAGAUCUGCGACGCCGACCCCUUCCAGAUGGAGAACGUGCAGUGCUACCUGCCCGACGCCUUCAAGAUCAUGGCCCAGAGGUGCAACAACCGGACGCAGUGCGUGGUGGUGGCCGGCUCCGACGCCUUCCCCGACCCCUGCCCGGGGACCUACAAGUACCUGGAGGUGCAGUACGACUGCGUGCCCUACAAAGUGGAACAAAAAGGUAACGCGACCCUUCGCUCCGGCCCCUGGGACCGCCCGGACCCCCCCAAACCCCCCCCCGGACCCCCAGACCCCCCCCAACCCCCCCUCAAACGCCUCCCCCAGCCUAGCCCCGAGCCCCCCAUCCCGCAGCUCCUACACCCCAAAAUCCCCCCUUUUCACCCCAAAUCCUGA